GUCAAGAAAACGAUAUGCUGAUUUACAUUUCUAAUACUAAAAACAAUUUAAAAUACUGUAGCCCUUUUUACAAUAAUUAAUAGCCUAUAUAGUUUGUGAAUACAAGUUUUAGGCGUUAGGCUACGAGGAUAUACGCCUACAUGGGAGUGGCUAAUUUGUUGUCUUGGAUGGGUUACGUAGACAUCUUGUGGAAGUGGAUGAGGAAGUUCUAACCGAGUGAGCAAAACCAUGGACCAGCCAACAUUGAACUGAGACAUAUUUCUUCAACUCUAAUACCUCAAGCUGAGAAAUUUCCCCAGCUUUAAGUUCACUGUGAAAACUGUAAAAUAUUUCUGAGAGAUGCUGCAACAAAUUUUGACUGACAUGUUCAUCGACCCUGAUCUCCUGGCUGAGUUGAACGAAGAGCAGAAGCAAGUUUUGUUCAUCAAGAUGAGAGAGGAGCAAGUCCGCCGGUGGAAGGAGAGAGAAGCAAGACUAGAAAAGGAGGAAAACAGAUUGAAGAAACCUAAGACAGUCACAUCCAAGAGUGUAACGUGGUUGACAGGAAUGGACAGUGACGUGUGGGUAUGGGUGAUGGGGGAGCACCAUGCCGACAAGCCCUACGUCCAGAUUUGUAAUGACGCCUUGGCCGAGAAGGCAGCCCAGCAGGCUCAGCGAGAGGCAGAUGAGCUUAGAUUGAAGAAGGAAGCAGAGCUGGUGAAGAGGUUCUCUGGUAUGUUGCCAGACCCUGAGCUGCUGUCUUGGAGGGAGGAGGAGCAACGGGAGCAUGUCAGACGGGCAGCAGCAGCUCAGGAACAGACACAGCUGGAGGAAGAGUUCAAGAAAAGAGAGUCAGAAGAGAGGAGGAUGGCUGAGGAGGAGGUGAGAAGGUUGGAGGAGAAGCGGAAGCAGCAGAUCUACAUGGACCUGAGGAAAGUGAAAGAAGAGAGGGAUGACAAGGACUGGCAGGAGACAUUGCGGAAGUCCAAAGCAGCAGAUCUCCGUCGGCGAUCCAUUGCCAAGCAGACCCGUGAUGAUCACCGUAGGAGAUCGGUGAAGGCUCUAGAGCAAGGUCGAGUAGCUGCAACUGCCAAGGCCUUUGGAGGGGAGAAGCUGGCCCUUCUGCCUAGACCCAAGCCCAGGAACCUCACUCUUACUAGUGAUACCCUUAAUUUGAAGAAGGGUGUGCCACGCACUCUUUCCACCUCCGGUAGAGAGCACAUCAUCCAAUGGUUCCAGGAGGAGCAGCUGCCUCUUCGAGCAGGUUUUGAAAAGGAUCAGAGUCGUAUAGCUCCUUGGUUCCAUGGAAUUAUUUCUCGGGAGGAUGCAGAGAACCUACUGACCGAAGGGACACCGGGCUAUUUCCUGGUUCGGGUCAGUGAGAGGAUUUGGGGAUAUGUACUCUCCUAUCGAUGUAAAGAUGCAGUUAAGCACUUCCUCAUUGAUGCCACAGACGGAUGCUAUACACUGCUGGGGGACCAGUUACACUUCUCAUCAUUGGCAGAGCUUGUCGAGUACCAUGAGGGAGAGCCAAUUACCAUGUCAGGAGGGGAGCAACUGCUUCACCCAUGUGGACAGAAGGCCGGCAGUGUGGACUACACUGAUCUCUUCACCUGAACAAUAGAGCCCUGCCACCUACCAUACCCAUCUGGGACAUGAAACAACAUAGGGAACGAAGUAUCUAAAUCCUUUAAAGUGGCUGCUUUAAUUCAUUUCCAUUUUCUCAUUUUGGCACAAAUGUGCAAAAAGCUGGAUCAGUUCAAACAUAUUUCUUAUGGGAAGCCGCAACAUGGUAGCACGUUUUCAAAUCAGUCCAGAUGACAAAUUGGGAAGGAAGCCACUGUAGGCGAUUUAUCUUAACUGCUUCUGUGGCAGACGCAUGGAUCCCAUCCAGUAGAAAUACAGUUUUACCUCACUGCCAAACCACAAAUGAUCUUCCUCUUGCACUGUAUGGAGAUGCUCAGCCACCGCUCCUUUCCUUAAACAUUAUUAAGCAGCAUGUAUUACAAUUUCAUGCAUUAUAUUGACAAAUUGCCUGCAAUGAUAAUCUUAAAGUCAAUUUCAAAACAGUAAUAGUUGCUGGUUUUGAGACUUGAAUAAAUUCCAGACUUUGAAUCACCCCACUAGUCUAUUAUAUUUUGUGGCCUUAAAAUGAGUCUUACAUAUGAGCAUCAACAGAAUUAUAAUUUUCUCUCUAUAUUUCUUGCACUUUCCAAGCAGAAAUGUACAUAUAGAAUACAAUGCCUGCAAUACAUUAUUUACAACAUUUAACAUUUGCUUUGGGAUGUAUCACCAUGUAAAUCAGCGACUCCAGCAAUGAAAAAAUGUAUGAUGUAAGUAAAUGGUGCAUUGCAAGAAGUGUAUUGAACGCUGGAAUAGAAUAACUAGGAGCUUCUGUCCCUACCACUCAUCUAGUGUUAAAUCAGUUCACCACCAAUACCUCAACCAUGUGGAGGUAUGCUGCAUUAUUUGAUCCAGCAUGUAACAAUCCCUAAGGACAAUUAUACAAACACAUACACCGAAUGCCCACAGAAAAUUCACUGUAAUGAUAAACUCAUCAUUUAGAUCAAGUCUGACAUUGAUUGGUUACAUUCACUUACCCAAUACUUUUUUUCCAUGCUUGUAACUGUUACAGUAUAUAACACCAUUAGCAUUUGUUGCAUUCAUGGACGGAUUAAGAAACCACGGGCCCCUGGGCCUGGAUGUGUCAAAGCCCAGGGGCCCCCUCACCACCAAAAAAAAGUAAAAGUACUCGAGUAAUCAACAAAAUAAACAACGUUUAUAUUCCAAAAAUAUUUGAUAGUUGUAACAAUAGACUAGAGUGUACAUUUGUAGCCCACACAACCCUCUCUCUUUCUUGAAAAAUGACCAUCAUAAGCUUAAAUUAUAUCUUCGAUAGUGUGUGUUGGGGGUGCUUGGACACAGCUCUAAUGCUAUUGUUUUGCACUUGCUUUUUGGAUUUCUCCCUACAAAGUUGAAGGGCCCAUAUUGCAUGGAGUACUCAGCCCCUCCUAUAGUCCUAUAGAUAAACUGAGGGGAUAAAUACUCACUUGAAAGGUAUCAUGAUGGUUUAUUUCUUGUGACAUCUUCAAGGUGAAUGUUUAGACAAUUUCUUUUGUUUAAUUAGUACGAAUUUUGGGGCCCUGUCAAAGACAUUAAUGACUUAAGCCUAGCACGUACCGGCUACGGCGCAUUUCAUCAUAUCAAUACACUAGUGCAUAUCAAGUUAAUAACAGCAAUGAUACGCAGAGGCUCUGGUUUAGGGAACCCCUGAGCUCAUGGGCCCGGCAGGCCUGUUGUUUAAUCCAUCCCUGGUUGCAUUGCAUUUACAAACGGAACAAUCAGAAACUAAUUUUAAGAUACUGGUAUUUUCAAUAGAGCAAAAUGUCCACAACUUCACUAAGUAUAGUUGGUGCUUGGUUACGUUUGAAGGGACUGUAUGUGUACAGGAUAGACAAGUUACAAAUACAAUGUAGUGUUAAAUUGUCAGAGAUAUGGGACGUCCAUCCAAACAACAUGACUCAAUACUCAGCACUGUAAGUAUGCAUCACAUAUUUAUUUUGGAAUUAUUUAUCCGUAAGAGAAUGUACACUUGACACAUGAUUCACCUUGUCUAUAUUUAGCUUGAAAUGGGGAGAAAAAAAUUGUAGGAGUUUUCUAGAACCCCCAGUAACCUCCAGUCAGUGAUGUUUAUGUGAUUACACAGGAAUCCUAACAGUGGCAUGAUGCUUGGUCAUGAGUGCAAGCAACUACAAAACCCAGAGAUGCAGCAGGGUGAGAAGCUAAAGUCAAAUCUAAAUAAGUGAAACUAAAUGGUUUUGGGAUUGAGAGUUUCAAUGUAUAAAAGAGUGACUUUGCUAUAGUUCUCUCAAAUCGAGAAUCAAAUAUGGUCAAGAACCUCUCCAUAUCAUCUCUAUAUCAAGCCUACACCUGAGCAUAGCUGUGCAAACUUGCAGUUUUAACCAAUCGCAGAUAAA